GUAAAAAAAUUUGUUGAGUUUGAAGUUUACAUCUUGUUGACUAUUUUAUUAUGUUUUAAUAACUGUUUAAAUAAACAGUUAUUACUUUUUCAUGAUUUCCCGUGGAUUAGAUUUGAAAUUUCGAUGGGCUCCGCUGUUGGAAAAGGAGGUUCCAUAUUGGAUAUAUUCUCACCUUUCCACCAAAUUCAUAUUGUUAUGUUAGGCCUUGAUUCAGCUGGAAAAACAACAGCGCUUUACAGACUCAAAUUUGAUCAAUAUCUAAAUACUGUGCCCACCAUUGGAUUUAAUUGCGAGAAAAUCAAAGGUCAAACGGGUAAGCUGAAAGGCACAAAUUUCGUUUUCUGGGAUAUCGGUGGACAAGAUAAAUUACGUCCUCUCUGGAGGUCUUAUACCAGAUGUACUGACGGUAUUGUAUUUGUUGUGGACUCAGUUGAUGAGGAACGUAUGGAGGAAGCCAAGAUGGAACUCUUAAGGACAGCCAAGUCUCCUGAAAAUGCCAGUGUUCCUUUUUUAAUUUUAGCAAAUAAGCAAGAUUUACCUGGCGCUAAAGACCCUAAAGAGAUAGCUAGCUUAUUGGUCCUCGAUAGCCUCAGCUCAGGGCAGCUAUGGCAUGUGCAACCAGCUUGUGCCGUUAUUGGAGAAGGAUUGAAUGAUGGACUUGAAAUUCUUUAUAAUAUGAUCUUGAAAAGUCGUCGUAUGGCCAAACAGUCAAAAAGAAAAAGAUGAUCCAUCCUCAAUCUGCAAUGUAUGUCUACCAUAAUAUCGGAACCAUUCCACCUUAGGAACCAAAAACACUUGACUAUUACACCAAAAAUGUGAACAAAACAAAAGCAUUUCAUCUAGCCUUUAAUUUUCUUGUUGAUAUGUGUUGUGUUUCGCAAUUAUUCAAUAAUUUGCUAACUUCCAUUGGAUGAACUAUUGAACGAUGAAUACCUAGUAUUCAAAAAGUUGAACAAGAAUCCCGGUU